AUGACGAAGUCUGAUCAAGAAGUUAUAUAUCUAUAUGCCAGAGAUGAUCACCCCAAAGUUAAGUUAACCCGUGAACAAGAGUUUACCGGAGUGCAAGAUUUGGUGGAGUAUUUCCAUUCGAUUCAGGAUACUUUCUACGUGGAGUUUGAGACAUCAGAGACUAUCACUGAAAAUUUGAAGUUACGCUGCAUCUCUUAUGGUGGCGACGAAUUCGACGGAUCGGUGCCUUUUUAUAUACUGGAGUAUGACGAGAUUCUCGAUUCGUUUUACGUUUGGAAAUCAGAGGGCCAGUGGCAGCUAAAUAAGCUGAUUUCCACAUUGUACACAGACCACUCGAUUAAGGGAUCGCAUAAGUUUGUCGAAAGAGUGAAGGAGAGCUCUUUUUUUGAGAAGCAUCCCCGGAAGGAAUUGAUCAAUUGUGUGUUGGACAAGCUAAAUGUCGAUUGGUCCCAAAUCGAUAUCGAUCAGUUUUGGAUACAGUUGGACAGUAUUGUAAAGCUGGACGAAGACGCGGAGCAGAAUGAGCUCUCUUUCAAAAGCUUGGUUUCGAUGGCAGUGCUGAAAACUAGAGUAGUAGAAAACAAGGCGCAUCUUGAGCGCGCUGUUAAGCAGUAUCACAAGUGCAUGAGAAGUAAAGAUAAAGAUGUCCGAAAUCAGGAGUCUCCGGAGGUCAAAGCAGAUCUAUCGCCGACUUCUUCCGCUUCGCCGAGCCCUACAUAUGCACUUGACAAUGAAGGCGAGCAAGAUGACCAAAUAGUCACCAAUUUCAAUCGUCAUUUCAAAUUAAUGGCCGAGGAUUACGAAACAUUUGAUCUAAAGUCAUGGGCUGCCUUCCCCCAAAGAACUAAGAAGGGGAAAUCGACACGUAAAUCGCAGCCCAAAAAUUGCAUUUCAAAAGUUAAAAGCUAG